AUGGGAGAAUACCUAAAGUUUAUAGCAUUGCCGGAUGUUGUGCCAUACUCGGGAAAAGAUAAAGAGUACCCGUUUGAACACUUUGUAGAAGCGUUCGAGUUGAAGUACCCUGGUCAAUACUGGGAAGACAAAGAGCGCUGUGCAUUAUUCAGAUCAAAGUUGGCGGGUAAAGCAAGGGCGCAAUAUGAGGCGCUAGCUAAAACAAAGAAGCGUAACUUCUACACAUUAGUGAAUGCGAUGAAAGAGGUGUGUGGGGAGAAAUCGCGAACCACCUCUAUGAUCAAAUUUCUCAUUGGGAUGAGUCCUGCCACCUACAAGAGGCCUUGGAAGGGACCCGGUAGCGAUAUGUACGAGCGGUUGAAAGACGCUGCGAUGAGGGCAGAGAGGAGACACCUGUCCUUGAAGAAUCGCAAAAGUACUGAGUUCUCGCAAACUACAGGGGUCACAAGCAGAGGACAAAGAAAUGUUCGAAGGAACUAUUUCAAAGAAAACGAUAUAUCGCAGAUCAAGGCGAAGAGCAGCGUUGAGCUGGAAGACAACGAAGACCGUAAAGGAAAUAAGGAACGCUUAAAGUGUUUCAAGUGCAAAAGUACAGGUCAUAAGGCGCGUGAAUGCAAGAACACGGCCACUAGUGAAGUAAGUCGUCCAAUGUCGUUAUCGGCACGAGUUCGUGGAGUGAAGUGCACCAAGGUCCACAGUAAACACGGACAUAUUCGAAACCGAUCUCCGCAUAUUUUUGGCAAACGAUCAAUCAUCGAGGUGACGAGAAAGGAAAGGUCCACUUGA